AUGCUCACAGCUACUUUGCUAGUGACUUGCCAUGCACUGCGUCUUGGAAAUAAUGAGAUAUCUAGUGUUGUGGGACUACCUGGAAGAGUUGUUCAGGAAGUACAAUCACAUGUACUAGGUCUUGUAAGACCUCCUGGAAGAGAUCGUCGUCCUUGGCUGCCAGGUCUUCCUGAUUUUCUGAACACUGAACUGCACAAGAUUUUGGUACAUUUGAAACACCGACUUUGCAGACUUGAACGGGUGCUUGUUUUUAAAGGGAAAAUAAGUAAAGCAGGAGAGAAAAUAUAUGCCAGCAAUGGGAAGCAAGUUGAUUUUGCAGCUGCACUAGGAUCCUGUGAAGAGGCUGGAGGAACUCUUGCAACUCCCAGAAAUGAGGCAGAGAAUAAAGCCAUUUUAGAUAUUGUGAAACAGUAUAAAAAAUAUGCUUACUUGGGCAUUAAAGAGGGUGAGACUUCAGGUCGAUUUAAGUAUAUAAAUGGGACGCCACUGAACUACACCAAGUGGUACCGAUAUGAGCCUAAUGGCAGAGGGAGCGAAAAAUGUGUAGAGAUGUACCUGGAUGGGAGCUGGAAUGACAAAAGAUGCCACAUGCAUCGCCUCACAGUCUGUGAAUUUUAA